GACCUGUCUAGCAUCAAGCUAUACCACUUGUACCCUCGUGCCUCGUCCUCGUACCUGGCUUGACUUUAGCCCCCGCUAUAUUUUUCUGAUCUUCACAUCCAUCCCACCAGGUUUCAGCAUCGUAAUCGUAUGAAGUGAAGCUUGAGCACAGAUGAAGGAAGGGGAACGGACUCCGAGAAGAGAGAACAGAGAGAGGAAGAGAAGAGAAAGAGUCUUUGGAGAGGAAGAGGAAGAGCCGGAAAGAAGGAGAACUAGACCAUCCAAUAUCUACUAACAAUAACUUGUCUUUUCAUCAAAGUUCUAUACACAUCAUUCCUCUACUUCUCCCGUUCUGAGACUCUAUCUGAAUCUAUUCCAUCUUCAUUUGCAUCUAUAUCUACAUCUAUACCUCCAUCUACGUCUACGUCUACGCCUGCAUCUACACCUACACAGAGAUCUAUCUAUCUAUCUAUCUAUCUAUCUAUCUAUAUAUAUAUAUAUAUUGAACUCUGUUGCAGACUGCCAAAAUAGCACUCCGUACUCGUGUAGUAGCCUUCCAUCAAAAAAGUCAAUUGAACAAACUCACACAAACGGAAAAAGAAAGCAUUCAAACAAUGCCAUCAUCAACUAGUUCUCCGAGCUAUGAGCACACUAUUUCCAAUACCAAUACCACUACUGCUUCAGCUGCAGCUACCCCCGCCACCACUCAAGAGAAGCCGCUUAGUACUGACAUAAAGAAAGUCGCUAUCAUCGGAAGUGGUUGCGCUGGAAUCGGUGCUCUUUGGGCUUUAAAUCGAACCCAUCACGAUGUUUACAUUUACGAAGCUGCGGAUCGAUUGGGAGGUCAUACAAAUACUGUCAAGUAUCCUCACAAUGGCAAAACAACUCCAGUCGAUACAGGAUUCAUAGUCUUGAACACUGCUACUUAUCCGAAUUUCAUAGCUUUCCUGAAUGCCCUCAAUGUUCCUACCGUACGUACUGAAAUGACUUUUGGAGUCUCUCGAGAUAAGGGAUUAUUCGAAUGGUCAGGAACCUCACUCUCAUCAGUCUUUGCGCAACGAAAGAAUCUCUUUUCAUUGAGGAUGUGGAGAAUGAUAUUUGAUAUUAUACGUUUCAACCAAUUUGCUUUGGAUUUGUUGAAAGAGGAAGAGAAGAGUGAGGAAUAUGUGAAUGGAUAUGUGAAUGGAAAUGGAAAUUCAAAGAACAUUCACCAUGCAGAGGAACAAGAAACUAUAGGUCAAUAUCUGGAUAGGGAAGGAUACUCAGAUGCAUUCAGAGAUGAUUAUCUGAUACCAAUGACUGCAGCUGUGUGGAGUACAAGUCCGGAUAAGUGUUCUCUAGAGUUUCCAGCCGUCACUCUGGUCCGAUUUAUGUGGAAUCAUCAUCUAUUAAGUACUGUUGCUGCUCGUCCUGACUGGUUAACGGUAAAGAAUGGAGCGAAAACCUACGUGGAUGCCGUUAUGAAAGGCUUUCCACCAAAUCACAUCUUCCUUUCUACACCCGUCGAGUCAAUACGCAAUGAUGAUGAUAAUCGUAUACGCUUAUGUCUCGAGAAUGGCAAGGAAGAGAUAUUUGAUCACGUCAUAAUAGCUACUCAUGGGGAUGUAGCAUAUAAUUUAGUCCGAUCCUCUUCCACAUCCACCGAACGUCGCAUUCUUACAGGAUUUCAAACCUCGAAAAAUACAGCUGUCCUUCACUCCGAUCUUUCUCUCAUGCCUCAAAAUAAAGAAGCUUGGUCCGCUUGGAACUAUAUUACUGCUUCUUCUACUUCUUCGACCUCGAAAUCCAGAAAUGUUGACCAAGUUUGUCUAACAUACAAUAUGAAUAUUCUCCAGCAUAUCCCGACCUCCAAAUUUGGCGAUGUUCUCGUCACACUUAAUCCUUUAUUUCCACCAAAACCAGAGCUCACUCACAGCACAUAUACAUAUCGUCAUCCACUCUACAAUACUCGUGCCAUAACCUCUCAAUCCCAACUUCCAGAGAUUCAAAACACAAGAAACAUAUCUUACUGUGGAGCAUGGACUAAAUAUGGGUUUCAUGAAGAUGGCUUCAGUAGUGGAAUCAAGGUAGCAAUGGAUCAUCUAGGUGCUACUCUUCCGUUCGAGUUUAAAGAUAGUACCUUUAGUCGAGGUAAACGUCCUGUACUUGGAUUGAGUGAUUUGGUCUUGAGAAUUUUGAUUCUGGCUAUUCAAUGGUUUGUGGUUAACAUAUUGGAGAGAAUCCUUUUUAUUGAGAGAAUUAAAUCUCCAGAGGAGGUCAAAAGGAAGAAGUUUGUUUGAAUCGCUAUGGAUAGGUAGGCCAUCAAAAAUCGAAAAGGAUUUGACGACCUGAGAGAGUAAAAGGAAGAUUGUAUAUGCUUGAUGUUUAUGAGGAGUAUGGAGUAUUGGGAAAAGUACCAUUUUUAGGUUCAUAGCUACGCUCAAGGUAUACAUCUACAUUACAUUACAUUACAUUAAUACUAUAUUGUUCACAUAGCCAGAAUCGGGGUUGAAAUAUUGCUUAUAUCAAAGCAGUAACAUGCAAUAUACUAGCAUAGAAUAGUACAAUCUCCACACAACA